CGCGCGCGGAUGAGGUGUUUGAGGGGGAGGGGAGGGGGUGAAGUACGGAUAUAAAAAUGAUGAAAAAAAAGGUAUAUCAAGGAAGUGUUACAGAGCUCGCUAUACUACCAAAGUCGAACCGCAUGGAGAACUACUUUGCAAAAUGAACGAAAACAAAAGCUGACAAGGCGACGACUUGACAAACCACGUGUACGUGAUCAGGAAUCGUCGAGUCGAAGCAAAGGAACAUGCUAUCGCCCGCACCGUCCGAGGGUGUGCAUUCCUUGCACAGAUUCCUCGUAUGUAAAACUUUUGUACUUUUUCAAUUUCGACUAGAGAAACUGCCAUAACUUCUGCUUGUACUCAGAGACACAGCUUAUGUUGUACUAACUGCGCCUGUAUGUACGAACGAAUCCUGGAACUCGUGUUGGUGAAGUGCUUGAAAGUAACUCACCUACACGCCCUAGUUGAGAUGAUUGAUGAAAUUGAAAACGAAAUUGAUCACGUAUGCCGCGUGCAAUACCAGAUCUUCUUCUUACAGAAACAUCUUGUUCUUUCUUUCUUCCUUUUUCUGCAGCUAAGAAAGUCUUUCAGCCACGGCCUUAAGAGGAUCAUCCACUGACUCGCAGAACAACAGCAAGGGGUUCCUCAUUGAGGGAGAGUGUCUUGUGGUCUAUUGAUUCACGAAAAAAGGCGUUCUUGUCCCAAAGGAAGGAUUUCGAGUUCAACUUUCGUAGCAGAAUCCAUCGGGGUUAGGGCGAUUAAUUGUUUCGAUGUCUAACUACGUUUUGUAGUCAGAUUCUGCACGACCACGACCUUUCCAGCUGGAAAACGACCCGCAAGUGUCUUAGUGAGCUGAGGAACUGACGUCACUAGGUAAACUAAUCGAAAAGCUCAAGAAAAGAAACAGAGUAUCAAAAAAUAUGAAUAACGCGAACGCGGCGGGUCAGAACCCCAAUGACGGGAAUGCGGAUCCCGUUCCCGCCGCGCCGGCUCCGGCUCCUGUCGUAGCAGCUCCGGCCCAAGGAGCUCAAGAAGUACAACCGGCCGCACCCGGCGUAGGGAAUCACCCUACAAUUGGUGACGUCUACGCGGAAUUCGAGAGGGCGGAGUACUUGAGGCUGAAGGACAAGUCUUGGAGAAAGGUGAACAUGCGAUGCGUCAAUGCGGCAAUUACCUGUUUCGAGAAGAAGCAGCGGGAAGUUGGUGCGACCCGCAUUCAGACCGUCCCCGAGGAACUGGCACGCAAGAUCUUCAGCUUUUUGCGAGGGGAGCCCGGUGCCGCUGAAGUCAAGACGCAUCCCGAAAAGCUAUGGGCGGGAAGUGAGUUUGCGAUCACUGCAACCUACACCAACCUCGACGGGCAAGAGGUGCGGAUCGCGUUUUCGGGGCUGCCACGACAUCCAGUUGGCUACGUGGAUCGUCUAGACGUUGGGCAAAACUCGCAAACCGAAAUGUCACGCUUUUACGUCAAUGCCCAGGAAAGCGCAAGUACUAACUCAAGUACCUCCAGGCUUGAAGAAGCAGCUUUGUUCGUCGCUAGUAGCCCUGUUCCUGUGCGGUGCUUGCGCUCCCUCCGGCUAUCCGUCGGUCAACUUCGUCUCGAGGAGCUCGAGCCCAGCGUGGAAGAGUCUGGGCCCGCGUCCUGUGCGUUACGAUUGCGAUGUACCCGCGUCCCGUGGAAGAAUUCUGGCCGGCCUACUCGUGACAUCACCAUCGGCAUGUGCAUAACUUGCGAAUCCGCGAUCGGAGGUAGUUUCGCUACACUGGCUACAGAGGCGCUUGACAAACUCAACCGUUCCUCCAAAAACUUUUACGCGGAGUGCGAACGUAACAAACCAGGCGCUGAGGUCACUCUCACUGUAUCCGCCAUCGGUCAUUUUUGCACGCAGGAGCGGCGCGGAAACGAAGACCCACAAGCAACUUCACCGCCAGGCGUCGCUGGCCGAUUCAAGACGAUGCUAGAGUUAUGUGCUGUCCACGUAACAAGAGACGGAGAUUUUAAUUUUAGAGGAAUGCCGCAAGAAGAAUAAAGGAGUUUGCCUGGUCACCGACUGCUUAAGUACGUCGCGACCAGCAAAGCGGGCGAGUAGUCUAAGUGACUUGCUCAGGGAAGUGCUUACCUUGACUAAAGGUACACUAGCAUUGAAGACCAAAGUACAAAAGCAUCGAAGACCAAACGUUCCGCGGUUUACGUAUAGUUCGUUUAUAACUAGAGCAAAGAGACGAAGGCCUAGUAGAGAAGCAAGGACAGCAAUCAAAAGCGACGCUGACGAUCACUGUGACAUCAGUGAUGUUGAUCGCCGCAUCUCUAGCACGAUUUGAAAACCACUUUGAGUCGGAUUCGUC